GGAAGGCUACAAUAGACUUUAUUUGCGCAGUAGCAUGUUAACUUCUUGGUUAAUUCGAAUGAAACGAGUUGCCUUUUUUUGGAGGAAAGAAGUGAUAUCUAUCAAACAAGCGUAUUAAACCAACAGAUGCUGGAUCAAUAACUAUCAUUUAGAAGGUGUAUGUGAAGUGUACCGAUAUUUUUUGGGUAAAACUCAAUUAUUUUUAAAUGAAACUUCAAAACUCUUCACAAGAUGGCAAGUGCGACGAUAGAGUGCGACGUUUGUAACGAGAAAUUCGACUCGGGCAACCACAAGCCGCUUUGCCUGACCUGCGGCCACACGUUUUGCUUUUCUUGCAUUACAAAUUUACUAAAACUCUCUGGAACCAAAAAUUGUCCAAAAUGUAGGAGACAAUUUUCCCAAAAAAUUGAUCAAAUGUUGGUCAACUACGCACUGAUACCUUCAGAAAACACGGCUCGCCCGCAUCCCCCGAGCUCGCUGUCACAGGCACCGUGCCUCCAUCAAGAGAAGGCGCUGGAUUACCUCUGCGUGGAUUGCUUGGAACUCGUGUGCUUCACGUGCACCGAGGGUACACAUAAAAAUCACACAAUUGAGUUAAUAGAUGGCCUACUUCAUGAAAAUGAAUCUGUUUUGAACUCGUGGACAAAAAUACGGACCACAAUGCGCGAUAAAUUCGGGCGCGUUAAUAGCCUAGUCUCCGUAUCUGACGAUAUAUUGAGUUUGAUUGAUGAAAUGAAGACUGAAUUUCAAGGAUGGAAGAAUUUGCUGUUGGCGCAAAAAAUGUCUACAGCGCAAGACCUCCAGGCCUGGGAUGUCUCGGCCAGCAGUGUGAUUGAGAACAAGCGACAUGAAUGCAAAGAAAUGCUUUGUCGUCUAAAAUUGAAACCUCCAGAAAAUAUGGAGAUACCAGAAAUCAGAGCGAGGUUGUCUGCAGCUUUGAAGAAAUGCGAUUCAUUACAGACAUACGAGCUACCAACAUAUGAGCCCGGCGUGCCCUGGACAGUCACCAGCAGGGCUGAAGGAGAGCGAGCUGUCGCCAGCCUGUCCAUCAACAUCAAGCCCAGUCGCCUCGUGGUGGUGUCCACCCACACCCGCCCCAUCCCGGGGCUGGAGGACCUGCUGUACCGCCUCUGCUACCACCAUGCCGGCGACAUCAGCCUGCUGCCCCUGGACUUCUUCUGGAGGCUGGCAGGACAGGCGGAUGGCGGCAUAGGAGCCAUCAUCGACAAAUUUAGUGACCGCCUGGAUACCAUGUACGGUCAUCCUAGUCAAGUCGGGGCCUAUUUAGACAAGCGAUGUCCCGCCGGAAUGCAGAGUGAGGCAACUAUAGAGGGGCCUUGCAGCAUCGGUGUACGUUUUGAUGGCGACUUAUUCGGGCGUUCUUUUUUGUUACCACGGAUAAUUGACGAUGCUUGCUGUGUGCGAGGAAUGGCUCGCAACAUCAGCUCAAAUUUGAGGAAGCACGGUUAUAGCGUCACCCGCUGGCACUUCCCAGACCUCUGCGACGAGGACUUGAACUGGAUGAUCGGCAUCCUGCACCAAUUCAGGGAUUCUCGCCUGAGUCUGGUCUUACCGAGAAAUGGCCUCAGCGCUACGGGCACUCGUCGGCUGUUCGAGGAGCUCCCUCAAAUCCGGGAGGUAUACCACGACCCUGGCGCGGCGCACCUGACGUCAGCUGGCAGUGCACCUGAUCUCACCUUCAUCGAGUUGUCAACGAACAACAUCAUUCAAUGGAUGUAAAAUGCUGCGGCCUGGUAGUAGGUUUUUUGCGCGGUUGGUGGAUCGCUAAUUCCCGGGCAAGAUAAUUGAGACCCGACCUGGUCAUCAAGACAUAUUAUCACUGGCGGUCAUGCGGUGAAAUGUAGAGAAACUGCAAAAUAAAUACUUUUAAAAAUCAUCCAUGGCUUAUGGAUCUUGUUAGGUUUAUUGUGUUUUGUGUCGUUAAUCGUAUAAUAAUAGUACAAUAGUUAUUUACGGACUAGGAUAUGGUUGAUACAAUAUUAUAUUGUCACCGAAAUUGUUAUUGUAACUUGGAAAGAAUUUCAA